AUGCAGCAAAUCGCAAACAGAAGCCGGCGAACUGGGCCUUUCAGGCGACGCCGCGUCCCUGGCAGCAGAGCACAUCAGGCUUGCAUCCACUGCAAAGAUAAGAAACUCAAGUGCGAUGAUAGAACCCCUUCUUGUAGUAAUUGCGAGCGUCUGGGCAUAACUUGCCUGGUCUUGGAUCCACAGACCAAAAAGUCACGACCUCGAAAUUAUCUUGAGAUGCUUGAGGGACGCGUUGCUGGCCUCCAGGGUAAUGAUCACAUUACUCCUCCUCAAUCCACUCCAGCUGAAGGAAGCAACGGUGAGAGCACGUCGUCAAUCCCUCGUACACCCGAGGGUCGAGAUGGGGCCAGCGACUUGUCGUCCAGAGUGGGCAUGCUGGACUUCCGCGCCAGCCAGACAGAGCCGCAGUACCUAGGAUCAUCAUCAUCUUUCGCCUUCUCUCGAAUCAUUAGCCUUUCCCUCAGCAGUAACCUCCCAACGGCGCCCGAGCUUACCCAAUUAAGCGAUAGGCGCAGCUCGCCGUCUCCAUGCUUGCUACCAGACUAUGAAGUUGCCGUUAAGCUAAGCGAUGCUUACUUCAAACACAUACAUCCCCAGUAUCCAUUCUUACAUGAACCGACAUUUAGAACUUGGGAGGCAAUGCUGUAUGAUGCGUCACCAGACUUUACUGAGACUGGGCUCCCUUUCACGCCGUUAUUCUUUCUUAACAUGGUAUAUGCCGUUGCUGCGUUACUCACACCAAGCACUCAAUCCUUAGCUGGCCAACUCUACAUCGCUGCUCAAUUAUAUGCCGAUGUAUUAUCUAAGGAUAAUAUUGAAUCUAUCCAAGCUCUACUAUGCUAUGCUAUGUACUCUCUUCGCUCCCUAGAAGGACCAUCCUUAUGGAAAGUCUCUGGCCUGGCGCUACGGCAGUGCAUUGAGUUAGGUUAUCACCGCGGGGUCAAGCAGUUUGCACCAGCCGCAAACACGCUCCAACGAGAGAUGCGAAAGAGGGUUUUCUGGGUUGCUCAAGGGAUAGACUGCACUGUUGCGGUUCGGCUAGGACGACCUUUGGGCAUUCCGCCUCAAGAAAUUGAUGCCGAGUUCCCGUCAGAUGUGGAUGAUUCUGCUAUCCCACAGACAGAUAUCUUGGGGCCAGCAAGGAGCCGUUCCAGCCAGUCACCAACAGGGAUGUCUACCGCUAUCCACGUCUUUAAGCUACGUUACAUCUGGGCCCGUAUACAUACGUCACUGCUUUCAGACACCAUACGCCUAAGCAUUGAGGAUCACACAUAUCAUGCUCGAAUCCAACAGCUAAGAGUAGAUCUGGAUACGUGGUUGGCAAGUGCUCCCGAAGCACGUGGCCAUCUUAGAGAGUAUAAAGAAUGCCUCAACAAGGUCUUUGAGGACUGCAUCGAGGCGUCGAGAAACAUUUGCCAAACCUAUCGUCGACUAUACAUAGGCACUUCUAUAAGGUACACAUGGGGCACUCUACACUGCCUAUUCUUAGCAGGAUUGACCUAUUUGCACUGCCUAUGGACAUCACCGGCAGCAUGGGAGUCGAUUCGACCGGAAGAUGUCAGCAAGACGUGUACAGACUGCACAAUGGUGUUGGUGGCGAUUGCUGAGGGCUGGCAAGCUGCAGCGCCAUACCGCGAUACGUUUGAGGCUCUGGCGAGCCGAGUUAUCGCAAAGCUGUUUAGAAAGAACUGCACCGUGCAGCCGUCUUGGCCUCCUCCAAGUGAAGCUCAAACUACGGACCAGAUCCCGGACACAUGGGGGCACUGGAUGAAUGACAUGGCAAAUUCUGGAGUUCUAGAAGGCGUUGAUGGGCUUUUGGAAGGCUUCAUUGGCGAUUUUACAACGCAGAUCGAUCCGUGA